AUGCAGCAUCGUCUCGCAUUCUUAGGUUGCGGGCACAUGGGCAGUGUUAUCGCGAGGGGUCUGCUGAAAGUUCCCAAAUCCUCGACUCCGCUAUGCUCACAUCUUACAAUCUCUGUCUCAAGCGAUGCUUCGGCACGCCGGCUAGAGACGAAAUUUGCAGAGUACAAAGACAAAGUCAACAUCCUGUACAAAAAGAACGUCCAAGCUGCAAACGACGCUGAUGUUGUUCUCCUGUGUUUCCCCCCAAGUCAGGUGCAAAAUGUAUUGAGUGAGGCCAACAUGGCGAAGGCCGUACAGGACAAAUUGGUCAUAAGUAUCCUAGCCGGCGUCUCACGGAAGCGGAUUCAAAGAGCCCUCAACUGCAGUAUUCCUGAAGAGGCAAUGACGUCGCAAGGAAGCCAGGGACAGGCACAGGCACAGGCACAGGCACAUGUGGUACGAGCCAUGCCCAGCUUAGGAGCUCAAGCAGGGGAUUCAGCAACCUUGGUGGUGAACGAAGAACUCCCUUUGCCUCGACACUUGCAGGAGCUCACCGAGAACAUCUUCAAGCAUAUUGGGCUCUGCCACGCCACGCCACCUCAUCUGUUCGAGCCACUCACUGCGCUGGCAGCGGUAUCACACGCACUGAUGAGCGUGGCAAUUGAUGCCAUCAUUGAUAGCAGUGUGGCUGGAGGGAUUCCCCGAGACCAUGCGUUGGCGUUGGCAUCAAUUAGUUUCCGUGGAUAUUCGACUCUACUAGCCCGCGGCGAUGAGCCUGCGGAGCUGAAGAAAUCAUUGCUCAUCGCCAAGGGUUUUACACCGCACGCAAUAGUGAGGUUGGAGAAGGGCGCGGUGCGUUCGGCGAUCAGCGACACGGUGUUAGAUACGCUGGCUUACAUGGGGUCAAUGUCGGCGAACAAAGGGGCUAAUGGACCAUAA